AUGUGUGUCCCUGUGCCCCGGGGGAAGGAUGUGUGUCCCUGUGCCCCAGGGGAAGGAUGUGUGUCCCUGUGCCCCGGGGGAAGGAUGUGUGUCCCUGUGCCCCGGGGGAAGGAUGUGUGUCCCUGUGCCCCAGGGGAAGGAUGUGUGUCCCUGUGCCCUGAGGGGUGCCUUCCCCAGGAGAAGGAGGCUCUCCCUGGGGCCAAGGAUGCUCUUCCUAAGGCUAAAGGAUGCAUUCCACCAGGGAUGCUGUCCCCAAAGCCCAGGGAUGCUCUCCCCAAGGCUGGCACACGCAUUCCUCCAGAGAUGCCCUCCCUGGGGCCAAGGGAUGCUCUUCCCACGGGAGAUGCUCCCCCCAGGGCUGAGGGAUGUCCUGCCCAAAGCCCAGGGAUGCUCCCCCCAGGGCCAAGGGGUGCUCUUCCCAUGGAGCUUUCUUUCCCCAAAGCUCCAGCUCCAUCCCUGGGGGGGUUGGCAGCUGGGUCCCCCCGAGAGGUGCCACAGAGCAGCAGGGCUGGGAGGGAGGUUGGGGACAGCCCCAUUCCCCUUCCUGGCGCCAGCCCUGCCACGGCCACACUGCCCCUGCACCCCCUGGGCUGCCCCCUCCCCUUGCCCACGCUUCUGGCUGCACCUCACCCUCCACCUCUGGAGAUCCAGCUGCUCACCAGGACAUCUCUGCCCGUGGCUGCUCCGUGCUCUGACCCCUCCAUCGCCACCGGGAACCUCCUCCGGGGUGCCAAGGGCUCCACUCCAGGUGCCACCAUCGCCCUCCCACGGGUGCUGAUCCCAGGGGCACGGGGCCAGCGGGGUGCUGGGGGCGCAGGGAUGGGGAUGGGAAGCAAUAGGAGACCGUGUGUGGGGACCCCAGCUGGCCUGGAGGGCUCAGGGUCCUCGCAGCGCUGUUCCAUGUCUCUGUGACCAAGGCAAUACUACUCUGUCUCCAUCUGUCCUGUUCGCAUGCCUGUCCGACCUAGCGAGUUCCAAUAAAGUCAUCCAUGAGCUGAGGCA